AUGAUUGUGCUUAGAAGAUUCCUUCAACUUUUAGAUUUUAUUGCAGUUUUAUUCCUUUUGAUCCAGGGGCAUGUUCUAUGUGAUGGUGGAUCCAAUGCCCGGUGCAUAGACAAUGAAGCACAUGCUCUUCUUAAGUUCAAGGAAGGCUUGAGUGACCCUUCAAAUCCUUUAUCUUCUUGGACAACUGGAAAGGAUUGUUGCCAGUGGAAAGGAGUUGGAUGCAACAGAACCACAGGUCGUGUUAUUUCCCUUGAUCUCCAUUGUGCAAAUUCCUCAGAUAAAUUGCAGGGACGUGAGUUAAGUUCAUCUUUGCUUCAAUUGCCAUAUUUAAGUUCCUUGAACCUUAGUGGCAAUGAUUUCAUGCAAUCUCAAGUGCCUUCCUUUCUUGGUACUAUGAAAAGCUUAAAACAUCUUGAUCUAUCAAAUGCCAACUUCAAGGGACCCCUCCCUGAGAGUCUUGGAAAUCUCUCUCGACUUGAGUCACUUGAUUUGAGUCGCAAUGAUUUCUCCUUAGAAGUCAAUAACCUUGAAUGGCUUCAUGUACUUUCUUCCUUGAAAAAUCUUGACUUAAGCGGUGUUGAUCUUAGCAGCAGUGCAAAUGAUUGGUUUCGUGACAUUAGCAUGCUGCCUUCUCUUGUAACAUUGCGUUUAUCAGGUUGCCAACUUCGCAACCUGCCUCAAUCUCCACCUCAAGUGAUUUUUCAUUCUCUUGUAACACUUGAUCUGUCUUUCAAUUAUUUCAAUAAUACUAUACCUGAUUGGUUGUUUGAAAAGUGUCAUGACCUUCAACAUCUUAAUCUCGGUAACAAUCAAUUACAAGGUCCAAUACCAGAUUUCAUUGAGAGGCUGAAUUCUCUUGUAUCCCUUGAUCUAUCACACAAUGAAUUCAUUGGUUCAAUACCAACAACGUUGGGCCAAGCUCAUGGCCAAAAUAGAGUUGGAGCAAAUCCACGGUUGAAGGAGCUGCAUCUUUCAAACAAUCAACUAAAUGGGUCACUGGAAAGAAGCCUUGGCCAGCUUUCAAAAUUGACUGUUUUGGAUUUAGCUGGGAACAACUUGGAGGGCAAGAUCACCGAUGCUCAUCUAGCUAACUUCAAAAGCCUCAGGGUUUUGGACCUAUCUUUCAACCGUGUGAUUUUGAAUCUGAGCAAAAACUGGGUCCCUCCUUUCAACCUUGAAACUAUAGGUUUGGGAAAUUGUCAGUUGGGUCCUCAAUUUCCAAAGUGGAUUCAAACUCAGAAGAACUUCUCCUAUAUUGAUAUAUCAAAUGCUAGUAUCUCUGAUACCGUGCCAGAUUGGUUUUGGGAUUUGUCUCCUAGCAUUGAGUAUAUGAACCUCUCUUUCAAUCAGCUGAGAAGAUGUGGGCAUGAUUUUUCAUCCAAGUUCAAACUUCACACACUUGAUUUGAGCUACAAUAAUUUCUCAUGUCCCUUGCCUCAUUUUCCUCCAAACAUGAUCACUUUGGAUCUGGCUGCAAACUCAUUUUAUGGAACAAUUUCACAUGUAUGUGAGAUGUUGGGCGUCAAUAACUCAUUGAGUUUUCUUGACUUGUCUUCAAAUGAUUUGUCAGGAGUCAUCCCAAACUGUUGGCAGUAUGGGAAACAUAUGAUCAUUCUGGACCUGGCAAACAACCAUUUAUUUGGCUCAAUUCCAGAUUCCCUUGGUAACCUCACAAGUCUCCACACGUUGAGUAUUUACAGCAAUAAUCUUUCCGGAAGAAUCCCAGACACACUGGAAAAUUGCGAGGUGCUGAUUGUUUUAAAUUUGUGGUCUAAUCGAAUUUGGGGGGCCGUACCAUCUUGGAUUGGCCAAAAAAUGCAAAUCCUAAGGGUACUAAUGUUGGGCAGGAAUUCAUUUGAAGGAAACAUCCCAACAACGUUAUGCCAACUCGAAUCUUUACACCUAUUAGACCUUUCCGAGAAUCAAUUGACAGGACCAAUUCCAAGAUGUGUCUUCGCAGCAAUGGUUACUCCAGACACGGAUCGUUCUUAUAUAUAUGAUCCAUAUACCACCUAUGUGGAGCAUCUAUAUCUUACAUUUAAGGGAUUUUAUCUGUAUCACUCUAGGAACAUGCUUCGAGCUUUGACAGUGAUGGACUUGUCAUCAAAUUUUUUAACAGAGGGCAUUCCUGUGGAGAUUACAAUGCUCGUUGAAUUGGUUGCAUUAAAUUUGUCGAGAAACCAGUUAGUGGGCUCCAUUCCAUCCGAUAUUGGUGAAUUGAAAAACUUGGAAUCACUGGAUUUGUCGAGGAAUCAGUUAUCAUGUGCCAUUCCCACCAGCAUGGCUAGUAUUUAUAGCCUCAUGAUUUUGGACUUAUCAUACAACACUUUGUCCGGGAAAAUUCCAUCUGGCCCUCAGAUGGAGGACUUCGACGUAUUCUCAUAUGAAGGCAAUCCCCACCUUUGUGGCCCUCCACUCACAGAAGCAUGCGACAGAAAGAAUUCAUUUCAAGAUAUAAAACAUUGCAGUGCCAGUGAAGGGAACAGAGAACAUGAAAAUGAUGGCAACCAUGAAGACAACAACAGUGUGGUUCUAGGAAUCUCUCCAUUCUACAUAAGCAUGGGUAUUGGCUAUAUCACUGCAUUUUGGGUGUUCUUGGGCUGCUUAACAUUCAUUACAUCUUGGAGAUAUGCUUAUUUCCGCUUCUUAGACAACAUGAAUGACAGGAUCUAUGUGACCAUAGCUGUUUCACUUGCUAAACUGAGGAGGAAAUUUCAAGGUCAACAGGUUUCCCAGUAUCCAAACUAG